AUGGGACGAUCGCAGAAUUCUAAAAGCGCCAUAAAGAAAACGCUGGAAAAGGCGCAACCAUAUCCGUUGGCAUUAAUGGGGGUUUCACUUCCUCCACCACACAUCGAGAAUCCACUCAAGCAGAGGCAACUGAAGAAUCGGCAGCAACAGCAGCAACAGGAGCCCGAUAAAAGUCUUAAAAAUGACAAACACGAUGAAGAAUCAGAUACAGACUCCGUUGUGAGUGAUAAAGGAUACGUCAACGGACCGUUGGAUCCAAUCUUCGGACAGCACCGCGCGUUCCCUAUUAACAUAGACAUAUCUGAUCUAGACGAGUCCAGGCCACCAGCAGAUGUGAACUCUUAUCUAGCCAGGGUUCGGAUGGAAGCUGAGAAAAUGGAUGUUGUUGCUUUCGUGCCGAGAGAAGAUUCUCCAGCAAAUGUUAUUGCGGAUCCUCAAGAGGAAAGGCUAACAGAAGCUCAAGAAGAAGCCUUACGAUGGCACGUUGAGUUCAUGGAAGGUUUUGUCCAAAGGAGAAGCCAAUUCGAAGAAAUGGUUCGCACCAAUGAAACUCUGGUAUUUGAUUUCCCCAAGACCAUGAAAACGUGGCGAACGUUCAUGUUCAACAACGACCCCAGUGACGAGUAUGCUUUGGCUCUCGACACUGUUACGAUUCUGAAGCUCAUCAACUACUCCACGAAAUGGCUCAGCAAGAGUAUCAAUGCCCAUUUUGCAAACUGGGUGAUUCUGUUAUUGGUUAUCGUUCCCGAUGUGCUCGAGGCUAACGAUAUCAGUACUCUCCGGACAUUUGCAAAGAAAGCUUUGAGACAAAGGGCUGAUGAGUUGAACGAACAUGAAGAGGUCAUGCGAAGCAUAAUUUCUGCGGUGGGCGAUUUUUUUGGGCAGAGAGAUCUUUUGGAGGGUUAUGUUGUUGAAAAUAGGUGA